AUGCCGUCUCACGUGCUCUUAAAACCGGAGGAUAUCGACACCAACUCUAUCAUCUCUCUGCAAGAAUUAGACCCAUCACCUGUUCAGGAUGCUCUGGAUGUCGAAAGCAGUGAAUACUUCCCAAGUUCUGCCUCUCCUACACAACAUGGAGCUGGGAUUUCAAUCCCCAAACUUGGCCUAAGUGGGCUUCGUUGGGAUUCAUGGUUAGCAGGCAUUCAAAAAUACUCAACCUACCCACCUACGGCUUUCUUCAUCCUACACCUCGCCAACACCUCUCUUAUCCCACUCAUGACUCGCUCUGUGCCCGCCAGCGAAUCCUACCUUUUGCUCACUCGACCUACAUAUCAGGCCCCCGGGCUUGAGCACCUUGUCUUGACAGUUCCUUUAAUUGCGCACAUUGCCUCAGGGAUUGCUCUCAGGAACAUUCGUGCAACGCGCAGAGCACGUCUAUACGGCGCCGAGACUCGCGCACAGCGAAACAUGUUAUAUUUCUGGCCGCGGAUGUCUUUACAGGCACGUACUGGAUACUUUGUCGCGCCACUGAUUGGAUUCCACGUAUGGGUCAACCGUGCCACGCCACUACUCGUCGAAGGAGGAAGCUCUGGCGUGGGGCUUGGGUAUAUUGCUCAUGGCUUUGCUCGAAGUCCUGUGUUCUGGAAUGCAUUCUAUUUCUUCUUUGUGACUGCCAGUGUGUGGCACUUCGUUGGUGGCUGGGCGACCUGGAUGGGAUGGAGAGUGACCACGGCGCGCAAGGAGCGUAGCCAAAAAGGCUUGUUGGAUGGUUACCUUGCCCUUACAGAAACGAAAUCGAAGAGACAGCGCAAGAUUUGGUGGGUUGUCAAUGGAGUCGCCACCGCUGGCGCAGCUCUCUGGCUUGCAGGUGCUCUUGGUAUUGUUGGACGUGCCGGCGAAGGCGCGGGCUGGGAGGCCAAGGGGUGGAAUAAGAUGUAUAGUCAUGUCCCCAUCAUCGGGAAGUGGCUGUGA